GGCGGGGCUCCGGGCUCACGAGCCCGCCCGCCUCCUUCUCGCUCCGGGACGCGCCUCCCUCCAGCAGUCCAGCCCCGCGAGCCCCGCGUCUCCGCCGCCGCCGGCGGGUCCGAGCCGGAGUAUGGAACCUGGGGAGCCCCGGGAGCCCCGCGAGCCCGGGCCUGGAGCAGAGACUGCCGCGGCUCCGCGCUGGGAGGAAGCCAAGACUUUCUACGAUAACCUCGCGCCCAAGAAGAAACCCAAAUCGCCUAAGCCUCAGAAUGCGGUCACCAUUGCUGUGUCCUCCCGAGCCUUGUUCCGCAUGGACGAGGAGCAGCGGGUCUACGCGGAGCAGGGCGUGGAGGAAUACGUGCGCUACCAGCUGCAGCACGAGAACGAGCCCUUCAGCCCCGGGCCGGCCUUCCCUUUCGUGAAGGCUCUGGAGGCUGUGAACACGCGGCUGCGGGAGCUGUACCCCGAUAGUGAUGACGUCUUUGACAUCGUCCUCGUAACCAACAACCAUGCUCAAGUGGGUGUCCGCCUCAUCAACAGUAUCAACCACUAUGACCUGUUCAUUGAGAGGUUCUGCAUGACAGGUGGGAACAGCCCCAUCUGCUACCUCAAGGCCUAUCACACCAACCUCUACUUGUCAGCUGAUGCGGAAAAAGUGCAGGAAGCCAUUGAUGAGGGGAUUGCAGCUGCCACCAUCUUCAGCCCCAACAGGGAUGUGGCUGUGUCCCAGAGUCAGCUGCGUGUGGCCUUCGAUGGGGAUGCUGUGCUCUUCUCAGAUGAGUCGGAACGCAUUGUGAAGGCCCACGGGCUGGACAGAUUCUUUGAGCAUGAGAAGGCCCACGAGAACAAACCUUUGGCCCAGGGCCCCUUAAAGGGCUUUCUGGAGGCACUGGGUAGGCUGCAGAAGAAGUUCUAUUCCAAGGGCCUGCGGCUGGAGUGCCCAAUUCGUACCUACUUGGUGACAGCACGCAGUGCAGCCAGUUCCGGGGCCCGGGCUCUCAAGACCCUGCGCAGCUGGGGCCUGGAGACAGAUGAGGCCUUGUUCCUAGCUGGAGCACCCAAGGGCCCCCUUCUCGAGAAGAUUCGCCCACACAUCUUCUUUGAUGACCAGAUGUUCCAUGUGGCUGGGGCUCAGGAGAUGGGCACUGUGGCUGCCCAUGUGCCUUACGGAGUGGCACAGGCAUCUCGGCGGACUGCACCCGCAAAGCAGGCCCCGCCUACACAGUAGCUGAGCCACUGGCUUGCUGAUCCCCAUUGCUCCAGGCUCCCUGUCAUACUUCAACUCCUCAUCUGAUAGACCCUUCUAGUUCUUCACUGUGUGCCCUUCUGCCUGGCUGCCCUCAUCCCUCUGAGUGAGAUAUUUGGAGGAAAUUAUGCAGACUGGGCUGGUGUUCUCACCAUCCCCACUUUGGGGUAAACCCUGUGCCAAGGGCCUGACCAGGACAAUAGGACUGUGCAGAGUAGCUGGAUUUCAGUGGGGAGUGGCCGGGUCUGAGACUGAGAGGACCAGGGAGGCCAGGAGGCCUCAAAAGGGCUUGGGAUGAAAACUAGAUAGCCAUGAACCUUGGUGGGUGCAUGGAGGGACAUACGUAGUAACAGUUGCACUGGUACAGUUACAGAACCGAAAACACUGCUCCAACAGAGAGUGGAUCAGGCCUCAAAGUCUGUCCUGGCAUCAACUGUGUGACUUUGAGGAAAUCCCUCCCCUUCACGGCCCCCAGUUUCCCCAUAUUUGGGAUGGUUUUCAAACUCCCCUUUAAUCAAAGAAGUUGGAUUCUGCCAGAUUGCUCUCUUAGAAGGAGGCAUUCUAUGCCACGGCUGCUGCUGAUAUGCAUGUCACCUUCAUGCAGAUUGCAAAAAGAUACAUUUUCUAGAAGAAUGAUGAUCAAAAAGACAGCCCCUUCUCUGGCCUGAACCACACCAGUGCUGCGCACCCAGCUUGGUAAACAGGAUAGAGACUGGAUCUCAGCCCUCAUUGGCUCCUCAGUUCAGAGGCCUUUGUCAAAUGGGCAAAAUGCACAAUCACUCACAGCAACCCUACCUAUCACUUUACACAUCUGGAAACCACUGGACAAGAUUAACUUGUCAAUCUGCACACACUCUCUCCUCCAGCCAGCAGGGGGCGCUACAGGCGCUUCCUGGGGAGGCACUUUUGUGGCUGCCUGCACAGUAUUUCUUUUGCUUUUGUUUUUAGCCAAAGUUGGGUUGUUCUUGUCUGCCACCCCCCUCACCUUUCCCCUCACUCCCUCAAUUACUGCCUCCUGCUGUGCCAGCGAGCAGCUCUGCUGGUGGGGAAUCUGUGUCUGCUGUGGUGGCCCCAGAUGCAGGAGAGGAAAGCAGAGUGGCAGCAGUGGGCCAUUGUCCAGGCUGAGUCUGAGGAUGAGUUGCUGCCUGGGGUGAAGUGGGAAGUGUCUGAGAUAGUGACAGGUUAGGGAGGGAGGAGCUGCAAUGGGCCCCAGCAGAAUUCAAAGGCUGGAGUUGUGAGUGGAAGGCCAGUUGGAGCUGCUGUUGGAGGGAAUGAACUCUUCAUUACUAGACGUUGUUCAGGGGGUUCCAAGAUGAGGUGACCUCCCCUUGAGAUGUAGCAGUGAAUCCUUCAUGUUUCUGGAGCUCCUGCAGCUGCUUCACCACCUCUUCCAGUGGAGAACUCUCACCACAGGAUGAGUCAGCCUCCUCCCUUGAUGGGCAGCCCUGGCUCUCUCACCAACGCUGAUUGCCCAGAAUGACCAAGAAGGGGUGAGCAGGCAUCCGUAUGUGGACUGACUGCCGGGUGUUCAGGUAUCAUCAGAGGGGCAGGAGCCUGGAAGGGUAGGGGCAGGAAAAGGGGUGGGAACUGAUCUUGGUCCUUCAAGACCCAUCAGCUCAGGGGCUGAAUGGGCAUAAGUUCUAGGCAAAGUGGGGGAACGUAGUUGCUACAGAAAUAUAAUCCAGGAAAGAGAACAAAGUGAGAAGAUAGGUUCUUGAAAUGAGCGACAGUUUGGGCCAGAAGACAAGUGCUGGGCUAUGUUUUUCUAUCGGUGUUGGAAGUCUCCAAAAGGCUGGUUCCAACAAGGAAGGGCUAUGCUGAGUGUCUGGGCAGACACCUACUGCCUUAUCAGGUGACAUACACUGUUGUACCUAGAAGGGCAUGUGAUAAAGAUGCCUUUGCACGAGGUCAUUUUUACCACACAGCCAGCAUCCUUCUAGCCAACAGAAAAGGCCUUGGGACAGAAAGCCUGGUUUGUGGCUUCCUCCACUAGCAGAGUUCCAAGCCUAGCUGGAGGUACAGUGAGACCCAAGAGGAACCUUAAGGAAAUGAAAAGAAAAUAAGAGAGAGUGCUCAGUCCAAGUCACCUUCAAUCCCGGCUGAACCCCAGAUAGGUCCUCUGACCCUGAGGUCAGAAUCACCCCCAUGAAGCGUCCAGGGCUCACAGAAAUAUAACCUGCAAGGUUGGGCACAGCCCCGGCUCAUAGGAUGGCAUGAGGCCACUUGAUCAGGGUGGACUUGUGCACUAAGGGCCACAUCAGAUGUCACCUAAUUGAGAUAAACUCCAGGGAUUCUGGGACCAUGAGUCUUACCCCCAGGGCCUAGUGAUGAACGCCACUAAUUCUUCCAGGUCUCUCAGGAAGCAAGAAAAUAUGAUGCUGGAAGCAGAAAGAUAAGGGGCAGUAAAAAGCCACAGAUUUCACUGGAGCCACCUUUAAUAGACAUAGACAGCCCUGAGCAAUGGAGAAACACUGAGGGUCCAAAUUCUAUUAUUGAAAUUACAAAUGAGCAUCUCAGGCCUGGAAAAAACCUUUCAGUAGCUGAAAUGAAAGGCUAGAAGUCCGGGAGUGGCAGGCUUAGGCAGCAGCUAGACAAGUUUUCUGAUGGUUUCAAGAGGUGAGGAGGGGCUGAGGGGUGAAGAGCACUGUUUACUGUAUCAUCAGGAUAUUUAAAAGCCAGGUGAGCAUCAAAGCCCCAGGCCCAACCAGAGAAUGCAGCACUGAGGCAGAGGGACCCUGUGAGCUGAAAGCAUCACUUCUCCAACAAGUCCUACAGAACACUGGCCCCAGAAAAUCCAUGCCAACAAAGUCCCAGACCCAAUGGGACUGCCACUUAGAAAUAUAGAAGCCCUGUUACUUCUGUAACAGACUGAGAUUGCAAAGGUAAUUGCAAAACAGCCCCUUUCCCUGCCUGAAAGCCCAAUCAGAGUAGUGCGAUGUGGCAGAAUAUGCCAGAAAAAAAAUAGAAACUAUCAAGAAGUUCAAAUCCAAGAUGGAUUUGGGAUUAUAUAUGAUAUUCAAUUUUUUUCUAUCUCCUAAUGUGCAUCAAUUGCCCACAUUCCUAUGUAAAGCCAACCCUAUCACUUGUGACCUGGAUCCCAACUUCUCUCACCAAUUUGGAGGCACUGUUCCUUAGCAAUUCUCUUCACUCUGACACAUGCUCAUUUCUUUCUUUCUUUUUUUUUUUAAUUAAAUCAUAGCUGUGUACAUUAUGCAAUCAUGGGGCACAAUGUGCUGGUUUUAUAUACAAUUUGAAAUGUUUUCAUCAAAGUGGUUAAUGGAAGUUCACGGCAUUUUCUUAGUUAUUGGGUUAAGACAUUUAUAUUCUACAUAUGAUAUUCAAUUGAUAUACAUCAGUACAUCCAAACAGGUGAUAAAAAUCUUGAAAUGCCUCCAUACUAGUUGGAAACUAGGGCUGCCGCAAAUCCCGAGUGUUCUUUCAUGGCCUCAGCUGGACCCUCUACUGUGAAUAUGCCAUCUUCCCCCAGUCCAGCCUGCAGGGGGCUGCACCAUCUAAAGAAAUACAUGGUUUCUAUUUCUUUACAGCCAGCGUCUAUUCUCUUUUCUGGUGUUUCAGCCAGGCUAGUUUAGGGAGCUAAAGUAACUUAUCCAAAGCUAGUAAGUGGCAGUGCUGGGACUCAAACUCAUGUCUGUCUCAUGCCAGGACCCAGGCACUCAACCAUUUUGUCAUCCUGCACAUACAGAUGCAGGGAGGUGGCAAGAGAAGCCUCACUGUGAGAUCUUCCCCAAAGAAGUUGAUGUGACACUCAGCUAAUGUGUUGAUUUCUUCUGUGUUGAAACACUGGAAUAUGUUUGAGUGGGUGUAUUUUUUUUUUUUUAUUGUUGGGGAUUCAUUGAGGGUACAAUAAGCCAGGUUACACUGAUUGCAAUUGUUAGGUAAAGUCCCUCUUGCAAUCAUGUCUUGCCCCCAUAAAGUGUGACACACACCAAGGGAGUGGGUGUAUUUUUAUUAUAGCUUCUGAAAGAGUUAAAAAUAAAUUAGAGCCAAACUUUUGCAGACCCUUUGAAGUACUUCCAAGCAACCCCAAGUUCUGUGGAACCCAGUUUGAAGACCCUGUUUUGGGCUAAUGUACAGUUUGGCAAGCUGUGGGCCCAUGGGCCAAAACUGACCCGCCACUUGUUUUUGGAAAAGCACUUGUUGAUACACAGUUGUACCAACUGUUGCAGAAUUGAAUUAUUGCAACAGAGACUGCAAAGCCAAAAAUAUUUAAUAUCUGACCCUUUACAGAAAAAGUUUGCUGACCCCUUGGGCUAAGGCAAACAUCCCUGGCCCACUCCUUCGUGGGAUGAACCGGGUUACACAUACAGAAGUGUUGGUAACCAGAGGUUGGCUCCAUUGCUAAGGAGGAAGGGCAUGGAGGCUCUGUGCCCAUCCAACCCUUGCUUGAUAUUUGAGGAUUUGAAAUUCCAAGUUGUUUUUUUUGUAGAGACAGAGUCUCACUUUAUGGUCCUUGGUAGAGUGCCGUGGCCUCACACAGCUCACAGCAACCUCCAACUCCUGGGCUUAAGCCAUUCUCUUGCCUCAGCCUCCCGAGUAGCUGGGACUACAGGCGCCCGCCACAACGCCCAGCUAUUUUUUGGUUGCAGUUUGACCGAGGCCGGGUUUGAACCCACCACCCUCGGUAUAUGUGGCCAGCGCCUUACCGACUGAGCCACAGGCGCCGCCCAAAAUUCCAAGUUUUAACUUUUUCUUUUUCUUUUCUUUUUUGAGACAGAGUCUCACUCUGUCCCCCUUGGUAGAGUGCCGUGGUGUCAUAGCUCAAAGCAACCUAAAACUCUUAGGUUCAAAUGAUCCUCUUGUCUCAGCUUCCCAAGUAGCUGGGACUACAGGUGCCUGCCACAACACCCAGCUAUUUUUUAGAGAUGGGGGUCUCACUCUUGCUCAGGUUUGUCUCGAACUCCUGAGCUCAGGCAAUCCACCCGCCUUGGCCUCCCAGAGUGCUAGGAUUACAGGCUUGAGCCAUCUCUCUUGGCCCACAGUUUGAACUAUUUUCAAGUGACACACAGCCUAUUGUAAUUUGUAAUUUUGUUGAUACACAGAUUUGACUAGAGUGUGCCCUCCUAAGCUGAUCGGUAGAGCAGGACCCCUUGCUGUCUGUCCAGCAUCAAUGUGCUCAAUGUGGCUCUGUGUUCUCAACUUGUCAUUGCCCUCCUGAGGCCUCUCGGACAGUGCUAAGUUGGGUAGGUGGAGGAUGGGCAGUAGCUAAAUAUAAGUUUUGGAUAAAGUGAAAUGCCCCGAAGUUGACUACUGCAGCUCUAAGUUAACAAGUCAUCUGUACGCUGUCUGUGAAAGCAGUAACAAAUCCUUUAUGAAGGUGGCCCCAGCAAAGACUGUAGCUGGAUUAGAGUUUAACUGGUCAAGUGACAGAGAAAACGCCAGCAAAAGUUGAAAUGACAGUUUUCUUGUGGUACGAGGGUGUGAGAAAUAAGCACAUGUACUUCUCACGAUGUAAUUGUGGAUCAGGAAAAUUCUAGGACUCUGCAAACUGAGAGGUUUAUCAAGGCCCUGGGAUCUACUGUAAGAAUGCAAGUGUGGAAGAGGUCCCAUUUCCAGCCACUGUUGCUGUCACCACUGCAUCACAAUACUCUUGUCUGCUCAGUCCAGACUUGGCCUCAGGGUCCUUCCCAACCGAGCACUCCAGAUAGCUACCCUGUUUCCCCGAAAAUAAGACAGUGUCUUAUUUUAAGGUGUGCUCCCAAAGAUGCACUAGGUCUUAUUUUCAGGGGAU